AUGUCGAUGCCGCUGCCUUUGCCUGGUGCUGCACCUCCUGCAGAAGCUGCCUCUAACCUAUUCGCACAAGAUGAGCAUGGCGCGACUCAGGAAGGUGACGUCUCUUUAUUGAGUGGAGAGCAGCAGCCGCAGAAGAGACGCCGCCGGCCUGCUCUCGCCUGCGAGCAGUGUCGACGACGCAAGAUCAAGUGUGAUCGAAAUAUUCCCUGCAAUAACUGCAUAAAGUCCAAGAUUCCUGCUUGCUCCUAUGCCCCAACACACAUCCCUGCCUCUCGUUCCAAGAAAAAGACCACCCAAGCUACCUCUUCAGACAAUUCGGCGUCUGUAAGGACUAUACUGCCGGCUCCUACUAUCCCUUCCCAAGAGGAGCUCCAUGCAGAAGACCUCUUUGAUUUUACUGGAUAUGGCCAGACUGGGGCCUACAAAUCCUCGGACCCUUCUCCACAGCAUGUGCCGAGCUCCACUGCAGGCUCGACUUCCAGUGCUCCCAGAUCCAAUGUUGAGCAGCUCACCCACAGGGUCCAUCACCUAGAAGAGAAGCUGGCCAAGGUGGUAACUAUAUCUAAUGAAGAUGCAAGCCCGUACAGUUCCUCUCAGCGCGAUAGCGAGUCAUUGCCUUCCAAUGGAACUGUUUCCAAGACCAGAUAUUUUGGUCGCAGCCACUGGAUGAAUGGCACUUACACUCUCCCAUUCGUGCGAGAAAUUCGCGACCGUGUCGAGUCAGGCCAGAGUCAUGGGCUGGUUCAUACCCUCAAAGCAUGCAAGGCCAUGGGGCGUACUAUCAAAGAGCAUCGCCAGCAGCCACUCUCUUCGCUCACGCUAGGCAGACUAAAUAUCAGCCGCGAACUCGCGGACCAGAUGGUCGAUGCCUACUUCCGCACUUUUGAAGGGGUCUUGCGUAUUCUGCACGUACCUACAUUCCGUGCCGACUACGAGAGAUACUGGCAAGUGCCCGAAAUGACCAGUGACUUUUUCGUCAUUCAGUUGCAGCUUGUCCUAGCACUAGGUGCCCCUUUCCUCGAUGAUGUUUUCUCCAUGCGUGCUCAGGCUCAUCAGUGGAUUCACGAGGCCCAACUCUGGCUCAUGUUGCCUCCCGAGAAAGCCAGGAUGACCAUCGCUGGCCUCCAAAUCAUGUGUUUGGUGACACUUUCCCGCCAGGCCUGCUCUGUGGGACAGGACCUUGUGUGGAUAUCUGCCGGAUCACUGGUAAGGAAAGCCAUGCACAUGGGCCUUCAUCGUGACCCUUCACAGCUGGGAGUCAUGACAGUGUACCGGGCAGAGAUGCGGCGCCGGUUGUGGGCCACCGUCCUCGAGCUCAACCUCCAAUGUGCCUUUGAUGCCGGUGGACCUCCCCUCAUCUCCUGGAAGGACCACGACGUGCUCCCUCCCGCAAAUCUCGACGAUGAAGAGCUCACCGACGAAGUCGACGAUCCCGAGCACACCCGCCACCCGCCAGAGACGGUCACCGGGAUGUCACUCCAGCUGCAACUCUACAAGUCUCUUCCCCUCAGGCUCCGCCUCCUCGAGCAUGCCAACGACUUCCGCGCAUCCGAGUCCUACGACGACACGCUGCGUUUCAACUCAGAGGUCACCAAGGCAUGCCGUUCCUUCUCCAGGAACUUCGCAAUGUUCACUAGGAACCAGCAAGUCCAGGCAACGCCCAAGGUCAACAACUUCCAUGCAUCAAUGGCCGAGAUGAUCCUCUACCGGUGCUUCCACACGCUCCACCAGCCUGUGAUUGCCCGCUCGCUCGAGGACCCCAAGUUCUACUUCUCUCGAAAGAUAUACUUCGACGGAGCCCUUAGGAUCAUGCACAUUUGCGGACUCGCCACCCCUGGAGGCAAUGCUACGGGCCCUUCUGCAGCUGAUAAUAGCGACUUUUACCGCAUCAUCGUCAAUGGAACUGGAAUGUUCCGGAACGUCGUGAUACAGUCUUUGCCAGCCAUUGUCCUCGAGACCAUGCACAAGGGAGAGCUGGCCGACCUGAGUUUGGGAUACUUGCCUUCCAUUGGCGGUGACUUCGACCUCUACGCCAUCCUCGAGAGGUUUGUGAACAUGAAUCUCCGGCGAUUGCGGUCAGGAGAGACGAAUGUCAAGGGCUACUGCUUCUCAGCCGUCAGCCUGGAACACGUUCGAGCGCUGGCUAAGGGCAUGGCCCUCGAAGAGCUCGAGAAGAAUCUCACCACGAUGGUGAAUAAGUAUCUGGAGGAGAGCCUGGAGGAGCUGAAGACGGUGGCGCGACGGGAAGGGGUCCCGGUUGACUUCAUGGGCGAGCCUGUUCAGAUGGCGGAGGCGGAGGCCAUGAUGGAGGAUCAGCAGGGUCUGGACUGGAUGGGCGACUGGGCCUGGGACGACGAUAUGGCGGGUGUGUUGUGGGGGUCUCCUCGGCCGUAUCAGGAUAUGCAUCCGCCGGUUUUUGGAUGA